AUGUCCACCUCCACCCUCCUGGACCGCUACAAACUCGUCUUCUUUGUCCCGCCCUCCGACCUGGAGCCCUGCAAGGAUGCCAUCUUCGCAACAGGCGGAGGGUCAUUUCCCGGAGGGAAAUAUACCAAAUGUUGUUUCCAAACUACUGGCAUGGGCCAGUUCCUACCUAAUGAAGGUGCAGACCCGGCCAUCGGGGCGGUUGGUGUUGUGGAACACUGUGAGGAGGUCAAGGUUGAGAUUAUGUGUCUGGGUCGGGAUGUUAUGCUGAAGGCAGUUGAUGCUUUAGUUUCGGCUCAUCCGUAUGAAGAGGUUGCUUAUGAGGUUUAUCCGAUGGCCUCCAAACUAUUCUCAGUCCCGCGGGUCGGCCGUCAGCUGAUUCACCAGCUCCCCAAGCCCCAAUACAGAGCCUUCUCCGCCGGCUCGCAACGGUUCAGCGAUACACUUUCGGUGCACCGCAACAAGCCUCACAACAACCCGACCAUCCCGUUCAAGUUUUCCGACCAGAACCUCCAACUCGCCGAUGAGAUCCUCAAGCGCUACCCUCCCCAGUACAAGAAGGCCGCCGUCAUGCCCCUGCUCGACCUUGGCCAGCGCCAGCACGGUUUCACCAGCAUCAGCGUCAUGAACGAGGUCGCUCGCAUGCUCGAGAUGCCCCCAAUGCGCGUUUACGAGGUUGCGACCUUCUACACCAUGUAUAACCGCGAGCCCGUUGGCAAGUACUUCUUGCAGAUCUGCACGACGACCCCAUGCCAGCUUGGUGGCUGUGGUAGCGACUCCAUCGUCAAGGCCAUCAACGAGCACCUCGGAAUCACGCCUGGCCACACCACCGAGGACGGCCUCUUCACAUACAUUGAGGUCGAGUGCCUCGGCGCCUGCGUCAACGCCCCUAUGGUCCAGAUCAACGACGACUACUACGAGGACCUGACCCCCGAGUCAAUCAAGACCCUCCUGACCGCACUUAAGGACUCCGCCUCCGCCACCGGCACCGGCACCAAGGUCCCCGCCCCGGGCCCGCUGAGCGGGCGCGAUACCUGCGAGAACAGCGCCGGCCUGACCAACCUGACCGACGUGCCUGUGUGGAACCCGGAGACGAUGAUGCGCAAGGACAAUGCAUUGGACGCGCAGCCCCAGCAAUAA